CCCCUCCUAUGGAAUAUACCCGGCCUAACUGUCCCCACUUGGCCACUCCCUGAUCUCUCUCCCGAAAUAGACGGCCCCACUGUGUUCAGCGGCCACUCUCUUCCGUUAUAAGUUUCUUUUUUACUCUGACCUUGUCACUCGUUUAUCUCUCCCGCUAUAAGCAUCCUGACAUUCUCGCCUUCCCACUCCCUAAUAUCUCUCUCGAAAUAGAUGGCCCCACUGUGUUCAGCGGCCACUCUCUUCCGCUAUAAGUUUCUGUUCUACACUGACCUUGUCACUCAUUUAUCUCUCCCGCUAGCAUCCUGACUACUCUCACGUUCCCAUUCCCUUAUCUCUCUCCCGAAAUGGAUGGCCCCACUGCGUUCAGUGGCCACUCUCUCCCGCUUCCUCACUGGCUCCUACUUUCUCUCCUCUACUUGAAAAUAUGCCGACCGAUGGAAACGCAUUUUCGGCUGUAUACCCUAUGCAUUCCUCUAUGUCUUCCAAAUAUGCCGAACGACAAAAUGCGUUUUCGGCUGUAUACUCCAUGCCUCUAUGCCUCUAUGCCUCUAUGCCCCUAUGCCCCUAUGCCCCUAUGCAUUCCUCUAUGUCUCCCAAAUAUGCCGACCGAUUUUCGGCUGUAUACUCUAUGCCUAUGCCUCCCUAUGCCCCUAUUCCUUCAUGCCUUCCAAAUAUGCCGACCGACAAAAAUGCGUUUUCGGCUGUAUCAUAUGUUCCCCUUUUUUUAAAUAUGCCGGCCAAUCGAAAUGCGUUUCCGGCUGUAUCUUCUCUUUCUCUUUCUCCUCCUGCUUUCCCCCUCCCCAGAGAUCAUCCCGUGCCUAAAUAUGCACCAUAUCAGAGUGCUGUAUGCCGUAUGCCUCUGUGCCAGGCCAUGCCCCGCCAAAUAUGCGUCACAUCAGAGCGCUGUAUAAUGCGAUGUGCAUGUUCCUGGAUCCCCAAUGCCGAACGUCAUGCCCUGCGGCGAAAUAUGCACCACAUCAGAGUGCUGUAUGUCGUCAGGAGUAUAGCCUAGGUGUUGUUAUGUAGCUCUCAGCGGGGACACUCGGAUAACGGGGAACAACCAACUUGAUAUUGUAACCGCACAGCGGUAUAAGUAGUUAAAGUAAUAACACGAAUAUCAGAC